UUGAAUCUCAGUUGAAUCUAAAUAAUGAAGUCGCUGACUUUUGUGCUGUGCCUCUUGGUGCUGGGCGCCCACUCGCUGUUGGCGCUGGCCGUGGAUUGCGAUUUUGAAGGCCACAAGUUAAAUACGGGUGAAUCGUACAAGCCAAAUGGUCAAUGCAUGCAGUAUACCUGUGAAGGACCCAAGCAACUGAUAGGCAAAAAUUGUCCAAUGGAGGCUCACCGGAAGCGCUGCAAGCUUGUUGGCGAUGUCACGAAGCCAUAUCCCCAAUGUUGCCCCAAAUUUCAAUGUUAAUUGCAAUAAAUCUUCACUUACAAAGACCAAAAAA